ACUCAGGAAUGUCCAAUGAGAAGGACAAAGCCGUUGUCAAAAGCGCCGACAUGGGCGAGGAAAUGCAGGAAGAAGCCAUCAAGUUAGCCACGGAUAUGCUCGUUGACAAACAGAACAAACCAGUUGAAAAGGACGUCGCCGCUUACAUCAAGAAGGAGUUCGACAACAAGUACGACUCAACAUGGCAUUGCGUCGUCGGGCGGAACUUCGGCAGCUAUGUGACUCACGAGAAAGAGAAUUUCACCUACUUCUACAUCGGACAGACGGCUAUUCUUCUCUUCAAGUCUGGCUAGAUGUUUGACAUAAAAGAUUUAAAUCCUUAGACACUAGAAUGUUUUCGCAACUGCAACGGGAUGGACUCAAGAGCGCAAAAAAAAAUGCAUUGGAAAAACCCGUCAAAAGACACAAAUCAGCAGAGAGGUCUUUGUCGAAA